UCCAGCUCAGUCCACCACACCCAUAGUCGGCAUUCGAGUCAAGACUCACAAGGUGUCAUUCGGCUUCAUAGCACAUCCAGAAAAGGUUGUACGACAGGGACUGAAGUCUUUUUUUCUUUUUUAGCCUUUUUUGUGCUUUGAGAUAUCAAAGGCUUUUCAAAACUUUAAAUAUCAGUUGAAUGGUGAGGAAUAUUUAGGGUGUAACUUACCCUUGAUGGAUUAAUACUUUUUCCCUCUGUGAGAUCACCUUCAUCUCUGUUUGAAGACUCCUUUUUACCUAGCUUUCAAGUUUUAAUGCGUGGAUAUUCAAGGAUGUAUUUUGUGAAGACUGUGAGUCCUUUUGUGAUCGUGACUCUAUUUCUGUCGCUGGUUGAAACCAAGUUCUACAGACCAUUCCAGUUUAACCAGUAUAAAUCUGGACUCAGUCAACACCAUGUCCAAGGGAAACCCACCAGCAGACACAAGAACCACUGUGCCUAUGUGGUUGAAAAGACAGUGACCUUCACCGUUCAGGAUGGGGCUGCCCCAUAUGUAAAAGCUGAGUACAACAAGUGUUCCUGGGGUCAGAAAUGUCCAACUCUCCUAUAUCGUCUGCUGUACAAACCACUCUACAAGGUGGCACAUAAAACCGUUACAGAGCUUGAGUGGAGAUGUUGUCCUGGCUACUCUGGUUAUGGCUGUAUGGAAGGACAUCCGGUUUACCAACACCCCAUGAAAAUGAUGCCGCCUUUCAAGGGCCCACCAAUGAAAGGCCCACAGUUUAAGGGCCCACAGUACAAAGGUCCCAUGUUCAAGGGUCCAAUGUUCAAGGGCCCACCUAUUAAUGCUGCUGUGAAGGCCAACCCAUGGAAUCAACCCAAAGGACCUCCCACCAGUGAUUUUAACUCUUACCCAAUGCGUCACUUUGGGCCUCCCAGGUCCUCCACCUACCCAGACACCUCCUUCGAGCCUUAUCCAUCUGAGCCAGAGCCAGUUCUAGAGCACCAGGAACCACAUCACACAGAGCAUGACCAAGAGCAUGAGCAUGAACAUGAGCAUGCCCCAGAACCUGAGCAAAAUAUACCAGAGGAAAUGCCUCUGCCUCCCUCUGGUGGUGAGCAGCCUGAGGGACAGGCUCUCGACCAUGAGACAGAGGAACGAAUAUAUCGAAUGGAGGAGGAUGUACAACGUCUAAACCAGGGUCUGGAGACCCUGAGAGGAACUGUGAAUGGACUGGAAGAUAGUCUACGAGCCUCACUGAGGGAGGAUGCCAAUAGGAUGCUGUCAGCUCUGCUCUCUGCUGUCCCGGGUCCUGUUCCCGCUCCAGCUGUGGCCUCUAGUCCAUCCACUGUAGGGUUUGUAGAGAUUCCUGGCGGAGAUCCUGACACGGAGGGUCUAGAUGGCAAACAUGUGUUUCCAGGCCUUACAGAACUGAAUGGAAGGGUAGAGGAGCUCAGAGCAGAGCUGCAAACCAAGUCAGCAGAGCUGCAGGAACUUAAAGCAACAGUCCUGGGACAUGAUGGAGCACUGAAGAAGAUGUCAAAUAGAGUGGGAGAGGUAUCAGACUCCACCGGCAAUUCUGAGGACAAUACCCAGAGCGCAGUGGAGAAGUUGAUGGAUGCCAAACUGAGCGCAGCCAGGACGGAAAUUCUUGGGGGAUUUGAGCAGCGUGUGGAGGGCGCAGAAGGCCGAUGUGAGGAGAAAGUUGGGGAUGUGCAUCGUCAGUGCCAGAAGGAGCAAUCUGAGAGGCAGGAGCAGAUGGAAGGUGCUCUGACAGAAAGUACCACAGACUUGAGAACAGAGGUGAGAAACCUUCAGACACAGAUUUAUGGUUUAAAGGCUACAGAAAGCUGCUGUGGUAGAAUGAGUGGACUGAUUGAAAGGGUGCAGCUGCUGGAAACAUCAGUGGCAGGCCUAAACCAGUCGCAGGGACACCUGAGAGUGGAGCUGGGUGGACACAAGGACCACAUUGAGGGAAUGCUGGAGGGGCGUCUGGGGUAUGUAGAGGCCAAGCUCAACCUAACUGGGCAGAUUAAAAGUGAUGAGUCUGGAAGACAAAGAGGUAUCCCAGACACUGCUGAGACAGGACAGGGCCUGGAGACCAGGAUGGAGGGUAAGUUGAGGGCUCUGGAAGGACGUUUACUGACAGCUUUGGAGGAGCUGGGUAAUGCCACUGCCCCCGCACUGCUGGAGGGUCAUGCUGUUCCCACUCUGGAGACAGAGCUGGAGUCCCUCAGAGGGAGACUAGCGGUGGAUGUGGACAGAGUGCAGAAGCAGCUGAGCAGUCUUGAAACUCUUUGCUCCUCUACUUGUUCCUCACCUAAAAACCCACCUGCCAUCCAGGGAGACUCUGCUGCACCAACAGCUAACCUGGCAGAGGAACACAAAGUGAAGGAGGUACUGGAUAUGCAGGACGACCGUCUGAAUAGCCUAAAUGUCACACUGCAGCACAUAUUGAGGGGUCUGACCAUCAAGGACCAGCAGGAACAAGCAAAGGGAGAUUAUCCCAUCCAGGGAGAGCUCACGAUACUCAAAUUCAAUGUCCGCUCAGUCAACCACACCCUGAGAGACCUGCAGGAGUCCCUGGGGACAGUGGUCCACCAGGUGGGUCAGGCCAACAGCACCUGGCACGAGAGAGAGGCUCGUCUGGCCCAGCAAAUAAAAGGUGUCGUCCAGCUGGUUGGACAUCAGGCUUCCAUGCUCGGAGCAGGUGAGCGCAGACUGACCCGACUUAAGGGUGAGCUACAGGACAUGCGGAGACGGCUAGCUCAGGAGGUCCAGGGCUGUCGGAGCACAGCUAUAGGGGUCCAGAAAGAAGUAACUGAGGUUGAAGGCCGUGUUGCCAGCGUGGAGGACCAGUGUAAGGGCUUGAAUUACUUGGCAGAGGACCUAGAGAGAAUCAGAGAGGAGCUGGAGGGACAAUCAAACGGGCUUCUCCUGCAAGUCAAUGGGACUCUCUCCAGCCAUGCUCAGCAGCUGUCUGAGCUGAGAGGCGAACUCAGAAACUGCACCUCAAAAGAAAAGCCAACACAACAGAGCUUAGAGCUCGAGGCAGAGCUGAGACGAGGGGACACUUUCACUUUGAAUUAGUCCAGUUUAUUUGGACUAAAGAUUUUAAACAUGAAUGAAAAAGAAUAUUCUGCAGGUGCAGUGGGGCUCCACUAAAACCCCGUCUUAGUGUUUGAAUUGUAAAAUAUGAAGGUUUUGAACCUGCACUGAAAUAAGGAUGGUUUUAUUUAGCUUACAGCAUAAAAUGAAAAAUGGCAGCUAAUUCCAACUACACUAAUAACCCAGAAUCCCGAAACUGAAUCAUGAAGGUGCAAAGAUGAACUGUUUGUUGUAAUGGACCAUUACAACAGCCAUGUGAUUAACAGCAGCAGACUGCACCUGUGUCGCUGUACUGUUUCUGUAAAACUUAUAAAAGUUAACAAUGUUUACAUGUCUAAGGUUUUGUAUUGACUUUUUUUUUAUGUUUAGACUAGAAGUACAUGGGAUAUUAUGUUUUUAUAUGGUUUCAUUGUUCGAGCUUUAGUUUCUAUCCUAAUUGUAAUAAUGCAUUAAUUGUUAGCAUUUUGUGCCACAUCCAGUUUAAUUUCAGGAUUUUUCAGUAUUGACAAUCCAA